AAUACUCUCAGAGUUUUUUGUUUUGUUUUGUUUUUUAAUCUCAAGUCACUCCCUAAAAAGAUAGUGGAAAUAAAUUUGAAUAAACAAAACAGGCUUGCUGAAAAUAAAAUCAGGACUCCUAACCUGCUCCAGUCAGCCUGCUUCCACGAGGCCUGUCAGCCAGUGCUCCACCUGACUGAGUGCGCAGUGCCCAGCAUGUACCAGGUGGUUGCAUUCUUGGCAAUGGUCAUGGGAACCCACACCUACAACCACUGGCCCAGCUGCUGCCCCAGCAAAGGACAGUACUCGUCUGAGGAGUUGCUGAGGUGGAGCACUGUGCCUGUGCCUCCCCUAAAGCCGACUAGCCUCGACUUCCACUCAGUAUCCUGUAGGGCCAGUGAAGAUGGGCCCCUCAACAGCAGGGCCAUCUCCCCCUGGAGAUAUGAGUUGGACAGAGACUUGAACCGGCUCCCCCAGGACCUGUACCACGCCCGUUGCCUGUGCCCACACUGCGUCAGCCUACAGACAGGCUCCCACAUGGACCCCCGGGGCAACUCGGAGCUGCUCUACCACAACCAGACUGUCUUCUACCGGCGGCCGUGCCAUGGCAAGAAGGGCAACCACAAGGGCUACUGCCUGGAGCGCAGGCUGUACCGUGUUUCCUUGGCUUGUGUGUGUGUGCGGCCCCGUGUGAUGGGCUAGCCGGACCUGCUGGAGGCUGGUCCCUUUUUGGGAAACCUGGAGCCAGGUGUACAACCACUUGCCACGGAGGGCCAGGAUGCCCAGAUGCUUGGCCCCUGUAAAGUGCCGUCUGCAGCAGCAAGAUCCCAGGACAGGAUGGGGGGCUUCGGGGGAAACCUGCACUUCUGCACAUUUUGAAAAGAGCAACUGCUGCUUAGGGCCACUGGAAGCUGGUGUCCUGUCAUUUUCUCUCAGGAAAGGUUUUCAAAGUUCUGCCCAUUUCUGGAGGCCACCACUCCUGUCUCUUCCUCUCUUCCCAUCCCCUGCUAUCCUGGCCCAGCACAGGCACUUUCUAAAUAUUUUCCCCUUGCCGGAGAAGAAAGAGCCCCUCAUUUUAUUGGCUUGCUUGUUUACUCAUCACUCAGGAAGCAUCUACUUUGGGUGCAUUCUGGUGUAGUUACUGGUCUUUUGACAUGGAUGAUUCUGAGGAGGAAGCUGUUAUUGAAUGUAUAGAGAUUUAUCCAAAUAAAUAUCUUUAUUU